UCCUCCGUCCUUCCUUCCCUUUCCCUUUCCUCCGAUUCCUUCAGCCCCUCGCGUCCGGUUGAGUUCUCAGAUCGAUCGAUCCAUCGGUUCGGUUCGGUUCGUCAAUCGGCUGAUCGGCGCCGGCGGGGGAGGGGGCCCGCUUCUGUGUUCGCCAUGUUCAAGUUCUGGGGAUCUCAAGAGCAACAAGCUCAGCCACGCCCACAGGAUAGUGCUUCGCAGUCAUGGUAUCCGCCUUCUGUAGUUAGCUCACCCGGUUCUUCCCGUCCCUCAACGCCAAGCAGCACCUCUUCUGGCAGUUUCAAUUACUUUUCACAGUCUACGCCCCAUGUUUCUCCCACUGAGGCUUCAGGGAUCAUUAAUCAUUUGAAAGACAAGAGUGUUGACGAGCUGCGGAAGCUUUUGUCUGACAAGGACGCAUACCACCAGUUCUUGCUUUCACUUGAUCAAGUGAAGAUCCAAAAUAAUAUACGAGAUGAACUUCGGAAAGAAACCCUGCAGCUUGCCAGGAUGAACUUGGAGAAGGAACCUCAAAUGAUGGAGCUGAGAAACCAGUGUAGGAUCAUACGGACGACAGAGUUGGCUGCUGCACAGGAGAAGCUCAGUGAACUAGAGAGACAGAAAGAAGAAAUUAUGAAGCUCUUCUCUUCUUCCUCUCUUAUCCAGAAGCUUCAAGAAUCAAUGCGCAAGACGGAGGAGGAAUCCGAAGCUUUGCACCAAAAGCUUCUUGAUAGGGAAGUAGACUUUGGGACAUUUGUGCAGAAAUAUAAGAAGCUGCGUACAACUUAUCACAAGCGCGCACUUAUCCAACUUGCAGCGAAAACAUCUGCAACUGGAUGACCAAUGCAUGGCAAGCAUCCUACAUGAAUGGGGUGAUGAAGAUUUCCUUGUAUUACGGUGUGUUAAACUCAUUUUUCAUUUGAUUUUGCUGUGCACAAGACCAUAUCCACCAUGUAUGUAAACUUUUUUUUUCCGAAAAAUGUCAUGCGAUACUCACCUCACUUACAAUUGGUACUUUGCCUACUGUAUCUCCCAUAAUUGAUGAAGGCCAAAGAUUCUGCCUAUAGUCAGGUAUGCAGUUAUGGAUGUUCUCGAUUUUUUUUUACUUUACAGGCAAUAGUGCCAGGUGUAAUAUAAAAUUGGUUUACGAAAUUAGUUUACUAUGUGACGUGGCAGAGUUUUAUUGGAUGUUUAA